AUGAACGAACGCAGCCGUGACACUGCACCUUUAAGUGUGGUCAAUUUCUGUGGCGUGGGACACCAUGAAGAUAUAAGGUUUAUAAGAUUUUUAUAUUUAGAGGUGAUUCCCGAGCUGACAUGGAUACCAGAAAAUAUUUGGACGGCUAGACUAAUUUACCAUCUAGUGUGUCAAUUUACCAUCUCUGAUCAAAACGUUACAUUUGAUCAGAGCAGUUUUGAUGGGCGAUCACUCUCCACGUCAUCGACGAUGAGGUUUGAACGUUACUGAUACUUAUUUACUUACUUACUUACUUACUUACUUACUUACUUACUUACUUACUUACUUACUUACUUACUUACUUACUUACUUACGUACUUACCUACCUACUCACUUUACCAUCUGUUAUUGAAACGAGAAUCCUUAAUGCUUUAAUAGAAAAUUCAUCGCGACUCACGAAUCGGAAUGAAGACUACGAAUCGCUCUGAAGCAAUCGAAACUAAGGCCAUGUCCCCACACACGAUAUCCAGACAUUUUUGAAACCGCAUAUUUUUAAUCCGGAUUAAACGGUGCCUAUUGAAAACGCUCUGGAGAGCUGUUUCCAAACAAGGCAGUUUCGAUGACCGGACUCACUGGUUUGGUGUAGACGGAUCGAGUGCCGAUUCGUCUAAAAAUAGUAUGUGGUUUCAAAAAUAUCCGGAUUCGUGUGGGCUGAUGUAGCCUUAUUUAAUCAUUCAGCGCAGAAAGAAUUGUUAUUUUGUCUUUAUGUUUGCAGAUGUUCACUUGGAAAAUGUUUACUGCCAAAUUACUCCAGGUAUUGUUGAUCCUGCAAGGCUCAACAAACGUUUUUGGAAAACCGGGUUUGACUGAUAUAGCCUUAACAGGAUUUCAGCGAGCCAAGUGUCAGGUAAACAUUUUCAGCGAAAAACUAUUGGAUGUAUUAUAGUAUAAAUGUUACGAAUGCGAAAUUUGCUUAAAUCUUGUUCCUGUUUUCAUAUCCUUCCCGGGAGGGGUGGGGGGUGGGGGGCGGGGGCGUACUGGCAUGGGGUACUGCCAUAUAUGAUACAUGGAAUAUACAGGUAUGUGUUGCUGUAAAGGAAGCUAAUCAAUAGGUUAAAGAUUUAUGUCUAGACGGGGAAAACCAGUAAUUUCAAGAAAAUAAGGAGAGAUUCUGGAAGUUUAGGUCUGGUUUAGAGUAGCAAAAUUCAGCCGAACUUCAAUCCUCGUCAAAACCUUUUAAGACCGUCAGCUUAGUCUUCUACACGGAUGUGUGUAUUUUUAACUGAUCCCCCUCUCCCCUAGACAGUUUUGGGUGUCACAAUUCAAAAUCUGGGAAUGAUUAUAGGAUUAGACUUCAACUUUGUUCGGUUGGGGGGAGGGGCGUGAAACCAAGAAAAAGCAGUAUUUGUUUAUAUGCUGUGGUGACCCUGUCACGUAUAUGUAUGUUACUAUUAUUAUUAUAAUUUUUUUGGCGAAGCUUAAUAGAGAGAGAAAGAAAUGAAUUUACAACUAAGAAUUGCCGGUUACUCGGAAAUACCUAACCAAAAAGAGAGAAAAAGGAAGAGUACUAAACCCUUUUGGCCAGGAUUGUGGGUCUGGUAUAGGCUAACGGUUCUGGGGUCUGAGCGGCACAUCCCCACUCAAAAAUUCCUAAAGUACCUCCCCUGGUAUCUUUCCCUCAGCAACUGAGAAGCUCCAGUGCGAAUGUGCAGUUCCCACUGUACUGCAAACCAGGCAGUUUGACAGUGCGAUAUCUCAAUGUGGGCGGAGGAUUGUUCAAGACCAGUGGUUUCUCCUACCAUGGCGACGUGCUGCGGACCUUUGAUGUCCAGUUUCAAACAGAACAAGAUGGAAAUGGAGAUAUUGUGGCCAAGUUUAAUGGCGCAGUACUCAAAUGUGAUGGAUUGGCUGCACGCAAAAUAAAGACAUGUACAAUACCGAGAAAUUUGCGCCCCUGGUCGGGGAGCAUAAUAGUGAAGAUAGGAAUUAGCCAUCCGGGCACCAGAUUCCAGAUGGCUGGCACACCAGGUAAAAUUGCACCAGUUAUAAAACUCUUAACUGAGAACGUUUAUCAACGUAAAAAUUACUAGAGAACCUGUAAAACCGGUUAAACACCCAAAAAAUAGCACACCUUAUCUUAAUGAGAUUUCUCCGCAUAAAGACAAAAGGCUAUGACGUCAUCGGCGUCAGUGUAAUUUCCCUUCCAAAGAGAAGGUUGAUUCGGUCUCUAUACUAUACUUCUUACCAUCACAUUUAGAGCUAUCCAUGGUCAUGCAACGAUUUACAUCUCUCCAGCAUACACUCCACCGGCAUUUUAAAAUAACGAAACUUUGAAAAAUUAAUUCAUUAAUUAGCAAUUAAUGAAUUCGGCUUUCGUAGGAUAUGAAUAAUUAAGCAGAUCGAGGAGGGUGUUAUCCACGGAGGCCGAAGGCCAAGAUGGAUAACACCCUCCAAGAUCUGCUUAAUUAUUCAUAUCCUACGAAAGCCGAAUUCAUUAAUUGCUUGAUUAUUCAUUCAAAAUAAUUCCUACAAUAGCAUAAAAACAUAGCUAAAACAUGCUUACCUGUAUCGAUGUUAAGUUUAUCUACGAUAGUGUACGUUUAGGUUUGUCCAGCUCCGCAAAUAUUCUCCAAAUAGCAGAUGUCGCCCUCCGAGUUGUCUNAAAGAGAAGGUUGAUUCGGUCUCUAUACUAUACUUCUUACCAUCACAUUUAGAGCUAUCCAUGGUCAUGCAACGAUUUACAUCUCUCCAGCAUACACUCCACCGGCAUUUUAAAAUAACGAAACUUUGAAAAAUUAAUUCAUUAAUUAGCAAUUAAUGAAUUCGGCUUUCGUAGGAUAUGAAUAAUUAAGCAGAUCGAGGAGGGUGUUAUCCACGGAGGCCGAAGGCCAAGAUGGAUAACACCCUCCAAGAUCUGCUUAAUUAUUCAUAUCCUACGAAAGCCGAAUUCAUUAAUUGCUUGAUUAUUCAUUCAAAAUAAUUCCUACAAUAGCAUAAAAACAUAGCUAAAACAUGCUUACCUGUAUCGAUGUUAAGUUUAUCUACGAUAGUGUACGUUUAGGUUUGUCCAGCUCCGCAAAUAUUCUCCAAAUAGCAGAUGUCGCCCUCCGAGUUGUCUUCUUGCUGUUUUUACUAUGUUUUUAGCAAUUAUUUCGCCUAGUUCCAGCUGUAGUUCUUACUCUUGAAACGAGUGAAGUGUCCGACAUCUUAGUUUUCACAACAAAAACAACUCAACCUCGUCCCCAGGUCUUCUCGGUUAACGGUGCAUUAACCUGUAGAAGGCUGCAGUUUUUACGUCAUUUCCUUGUUAAACACAAAAUUCUUCCAAAUUUGGUCAUCAGUAACUGGUUAUGGUGAAUUACUCGUGUGCUUUUAGCCAAUCAGAAUUGAGGAAAUAUUUUGAAUGAAUAAUAACACUUAUUAAUGCUUCUCACUUAUAUCUCAUAUUUUUAUUUAUACAACAGUUUGUUGGAGAACUGGUUUCACAGGAUAUAACUGUAACCAAGGUAAGGCUGGUAAAUUGCUAAGGUGUCAGUUCUGGAAUAUGUCAGUACACGGUAGGUCACGUGGGUUGCUCAUCUGCCUCGCAGCUUGACUCCACUCUCUGACGCGGAGAUUCUGAGUGAGAGCUUUUGAAGGAGCAAUGACGCAUGAUACGGGGUGUGUUAAGCUACAUUUAAACGGUCGAAUUUUCGACCGGUUGAAACAUUUGACCAGACACUUUUUUUACACAAAACCGUUCAAUAUUUUUGCGCUGUCGAACCGUAAUAUUUCCAAGUGAAGCGUGUAAUAGCACGACUCGUAAAUCCAUUCUCACAAUAUCUGUUUGCAAUUGUCCUCUCUUUUUCCAACUGAGAAACCACGCAUACAUGCAACCACGGUGUCCACACCUUGCCGUUCACAUUUUCGACCGUAUCGGUCAAAAAUUUGACCUCGAUUUUAGCGUUCAAAUUUUUGAACGGCUAGGAGUUCAAAUUUUCGUGCGGUUAGCGUGAUUCCGUGUAAACGGAACACCUUACCGUAACACUUUUCGAAUUCUCUUAAGGCGGGAAGAACAACAUCCCGUGGAGGAAUAGAGCGAUUUUCGUAUGACCUUGAAAAAUGGUUUCGGUAAGUGUUCGUUAUUUGUUUUAUCACCCAGUGCAUGAAAGAUCAAGCAUAGACUCCUCGUUUUCCUGCCAAAGAAAAUCUCAGUAUGAAGAAGGCAUUGUUCGAUUGGCCAAUCGUGUUGCGAUAUGACGUCAAAGCGAAGUAUCGAUUGAUUUCUAGAAAGUUCUUCGGGCAUGAAGUUUUUUCAGCCAAGCGUUUGCUUAACCAACGAAAACCCACGCGCGUUUGUAUCCGUUCGACAAACGAAUCAAAUCGCUCUAUUUUCGCUGUUUUGUUCGCGCGUUUUCACUUCAAAGUCAUACGAAAAAUUGCUGUAUCAAAUAAUAUAUUUUGUAAACCAGUUUAAUGUUUACUUUUCUCCUAGCCUUAGACUUUACCAUUUCCAGGAUUCAGGUAUAUGAAAGGGUAGGGAAUUUUGUCAUUUUGGUCGGUAAAAUGGCACAAAAGGGCUAACAGAUGCGUUUUAUACCGGGGCUGUGAAAAAGUCGAGAUAACGUUCUGGUUUUGUAAUUUAAUCAUAUUUUGAAGAAAGGGCAAUUACAGCAGUUACAGCGAUGCUCCGUCACGUGUGACCAGUAAACUGAACACGUGAUCCGAGUCUUCCAAUAAACGCGCUUCUUUGAGUAGCGUAGCGAAGAUCACAUUAAAAUUUCGGAGAUUUCGUUGAAAUGUAGAAUUCCAGGAAAAGAUCUUCAAAUUAGAGAUGGAAAGUUCGAUACUUGUGGAAAUACUGAAGAAAUAGCGACGUAUGUAACCUCUGGUUUAUCGAGUAUUUAUUUAUUUAUUAUGCGGAGCUUGACCUUUAUUCCUUGUUUACAGUCGAUAAAGCCGGUAAGUUUCUCCCAUCGCACACGCCAUCGUUCAACAACCUUUCGCGUAUUUCCCUUCCAAACAUGCUAGGUUUCAUCAAUUUGAACAAUUCUAUGGAUUCUAGAACGUUGUCUGAAAGUUUAGAAGGAUUUCUCCGUUCUCCUCGACGAAGGGGAAAAUAUGUGCCGUACACACGAAUGAUGCAACACACUCCGCCAUAAGUCAACGUCAAAUUUCGGAAAAAUCACUUUUCGGAAGACGACUUGAGAUCUAGAACUUUCGGAACAUUUGUUGUAAAAUUUCUUGCUUGCCUGCCUCUCCUAGGAUUUUCGAACAUCUAAAAAAUGGUAUGAUUGCCCAUUUUUAACGGAUUUUUACCCUAAAAACGUCACCUAGAAUUUUCGGGAGCCUUUUUUCUGGCUGAAAUUUUCGAAAAGGUAAGUUUUAAUCCCUAUAAUUUUCGGAUCACUAGACUUUCAGCUAGGAAAUCCGAACAGAUGAAAAAUUUUGGUGGAUAAAAAUAUGCCUAUAUCCGGCGUUUAAAUACUAAAAUACGUUUAGCAAUACUAUGUUUAAGUUGUUUUGAACUAUUUUCUCGUUGCGUGCCCCUGAUAAGUAACACGAACUGUUGGUGAGAUUUCCCUCGGCCCCUCUCCGCUCAAAUACAAAUCAACUAUCUGUCUUCUGAUUUCCGUACUGAGAGGUUUACCUGGCCUGAAUUCUCGAUCUAAAGCGUUAUAAUCAAUAGGUCUGAGAAUUGUGAAAGUUCGUUAAAUCCUCAAAUCUUUCUACGGAUUUUGUAAAUUUCGUUUUGAAUUUCCCAGAUCACACCAAAACACCUAAAUAUGGUAAACGAAACUUGAAACGUUGUCUGAAUUGUCGGAAUUUACUGGUCACGCGCGACGGAGCAUUGCUGUAAGAGGGAUGUAAAGUUCUGAACUAGGUAUGUGAAAGAGGUACCAUUUGCCCAUAAAAGGUAUACUAAAGGGGAACCUUUUUUUUAUCAAAAAUGGUAUAUUUAAAGGGUAAGGGGCUGGAUUUUGGGGCGGAGGCUUCCCUAUAAAAAAAAAAUUGGCUGAGUAUACCCCCCCUCCCCCCCGGUUCCAAGUUGGCACGUUACUGAAACGGCUGGAAUUUCUGAGUACUACCGAAAUAGGUAGACUGUUUUUUCGUAGAGUUGCCGUUAGUGACAAAGGUGAUCAUUUUUGGUCACGUGUCUAUAGAGAUAGUAUCUCCAAAGCCAAACGCACGUGAUAAUAUUCCUUCGCAUUUUUUGCUCGCGCUUUGGCUGUCUAUCGUCGUUUAUCCGCUUUCGUUUAGUAUUAAAUACAACAUGAUCCAGCUAAAAGUGUUCUAUAAUAUUUCUUUUCCGGAAGAUCGAUGCGAACUAAUUACAGUGGACGAAAAUGAGAUGUCUAUCUUCGAUGAUCUCAUGCGAAUCGUAAGGAAUAAAUUAUAGAGUGUUUACCACGGAUAUAAGACCUUCCUUGUUUGUUUAUGGAAAAGCCCGCCAUCGUUUAAUUCUCAGGAAUGUGAAGGAAUGCGAUCACGUGCGCUUACAUUUGAGGCGUCAGGGAUAAAUCACGUGCGCUUAGUUCAAAUAUGUUUCUCUGCAGAGGCGACUGUUUCGCGCGUCUGCGAAAAAACAGUCUACCUGUUUCGGUAGUAACUUAGCCUCAUUAGGUUAUGGGCUCCUGCCCCGACCCCGCAUUUUACUGACACCCCCCCAGGAAGCAUCCUCGGAGACCCAAGGGCAGAUAGUGGGGGUGAAGGAAAGUCUAAACGGGCGGAAAAAUAAGGCACGAAGAAAAGUAAAGAACGGCGAGAAGAGCCCCUGGGGACAAUGUCUUACCAGACCAGUUCCAAACGGUCGCCGCCGUUCUGGCUUCUGAUUGGUGCCAGAAAAACACAAGUUUUCUGGCACCAAUCAGAAGCCAGAACGGCGGCGACCGUUUGGAACUGGUCAGGUAAGACAUUGUCCCCAGGGGCUCUUCUCGCCGUUCUUUACUUUUCUUUUGUGCCAUAUUUCCCCCACUGUUUAGACUUUCCCUCGCCCCCACUAUCUGCCCCUGGGUCUCCGAGGAUGCCCAGGAAGGGACUGAUCACAAAAAAAACUUGAUAAAUUAGAGUGUACACUAGUCACCAUGACGACAGCUUUCAAAAUGUGAACUAUCCCACUUCACUUAAAUCAAUGUACUGCACUUGUGGGAAUUCAACACACAAUAAGGCAAUGAUAAGUUAGUCAUGAUUUUCUUUAUACAUUAUCUACGUAGCUGGUUGAAAUAACGACUGCAGCAGACUCCGAGGCAGGAUAAAAGAAAAAUGUUUUAUUUGUUGUUUAAUUAUUAAUCAACCCCAGCCCAACCUCCGUUCAGGGGACACCUCUAUUCAGGUGACUCCCUCGGGACCAAGGAAAGUUCAGUUCAAGAAGCCUUGACGAAUAUGCAAUUAUUUUUUAAAAUCUCAAAGAAGCAUUGAAGCCUUAAUUGAACUAGCUCGAAAGAAUGUGAAAUUGAAGAGUCAUGACAAAAGAUUUUUUCUGUAUUACCUGUACACCUGUCUAAAUUUUGACCAAUCUGAGACAUUUGUCGUCAUAAUCAAAUUUUCUUCGAUAGGUUUCCAAUUUCCAUAGCAAUAGAGGCUCCACUGCGCGCGUUUCGCUGUGAUUGAAUAAGGCCUUAAGGCCCUUAAUUAGUGCACUGUUUACACUUCUGAUUUUCGGUACCGGGACCACACGAAGCACGUGGUGCGAAACAAAUAUGCCUUAACGAAACGCUUUAGAACAUCUAUAGGGGUCCAAACUUAUCAUGUUUUCAAGGUUUUGGGACUACAGACGCCUAUGGUACCAAAACCAUGUCGGGCUUGGACCCAACCAAACCAGCCCUACUCGAACUGAAAGAAAUUUCUUCUUUUUGCACAUGUAGAUAUUGACGAGUGUGCAACCAGCACCCACUCAUGUCACAUGAACGCUAUUUGUAGAAAUACCUGGGGAUCCUAUCUCUGUGCCUGCAAAACUGGCUACUCAGGAAAUGGAAGAAGUUGUUCUGGUGACUACAUGUUUAUUUUUCUUACAUUACAUUGCAUGACUUUAUUUUACCUCAAAUUUACAGAGUAGCUCAAAAGCUAAUACCUUCGAGGAAAUAAUAAAUAAUAAAAUAACAUUACUAAGUAUUAAUUAUCUGAUGUUAAGUAUCAUGUUUCAUAUAAUGAAAAAUAUCUAUUAAUGCUAAGUGCUAACAUGGUUGAAAGAAAAUGGUUCGUAUUAGGCUUUCUUUGUUUGAUAACGAUUGAAGUAUUUUCAUAGUUAGCCUUUAUAGGUUACUAGCCACUUGAACAGUAGCACGUUCCAUAAAUGGGCUCCUGCAUGUUCUCAAAAAGUGAGCGCAUUUGGACGUGCCUACGACUAGCUCCAAUAUGUGCUCUUCCAAAUGUGCCAAUAGAUACAAAUUCGAAGAGCGAAACAGACUGUAAGCAGCCUAUCAUUGUCUUCAUUAAGCAUUGUUCUUUGUUUUAGAUAUUAACGAAUGCGUUGUACAUAAAGACAAGGUUCUGUGUGCGUGGAAGGACGGAUGUGUUAACACUCACGGUGGUUACAAAUGCAAGUGCCCAUCGGGAUACAAGGUCUCCUCACAGGACUUUCGUCUUUGUGAAAAAGGUAUUGGAGUGAUUAUAUAUCAUCGCUCUUUCCCUUCGAUAAAAAAAAUUUAUAAUGAAGAAGCUGACUUUUAAGAAGCUGAAUUGCGGUAGAAUUGAACCAUGCAUUACCUGACCGACUUGAUAAUAUCAGCUAACCAUUUCUGUGUGGUAAAACAUAAGGGGUAAAUUAUUCAGCUACUUGUAUUUUAUUAUUUCUGCAGAUAUUCCACAGAUGUUAAGCCGUUCCAGCAAUGUCACAGUUUUGUUUUUACAGACUGCAACAUUACCUUGUCGCUACAGUGCCUCUGGCCCAGUCACUGUCAGUUGGCGAAUAAACAACAGGAUUAUAGCCGUAAAAAGAACAGAUGGUAAGUCAAGCCUGAUCGACAUGAAAUACCCCUUAAGUUUUCAUGCUAACUUCAGAAUAUAUACAUACAAUCAACUGUGUCUUCAUUCAUUAGUUCAUUAGACUUUCUACCGCUAAGCAAGACAUGUUUUCGUAUCAUAAAUUUUUAGUAACUUACCUUAAUGCAAUUUGUGUUUUAGUUUUAGUUUUUUAACGUGCCUUAGUUUUUAAAACAUGUAAAGAUAAUUUUUAACGUAGUGUAUUUUUUUGUCGUAUGGCCCUUAGGUAUAAUAAUAGCCUUCGGCUGAAUGGAAGGACCAUCUACUUUUCUUGUCUUCCCUUUCCUGGUUUGACUCUACUUUACUUUGCUUUAUACUUUACUUCGCUUCACUUCGCUUCACUUCACUUCUCUUCACUUUACUUUUCUUUACUUUACUUUACCUCACUUUACUUGACUCUACUUUACUUUAUACUUCACUUCACUUCUUUUUACUUUCCUUUCCUUUCCUUUAUUUUACUUUACUUAGUUAGAUAACUUUACUUUAUUCUACUUUUCUUACUUACUCAGUUUACUUUACUUACUCUCACUCUCUUUCUUUUCUUUACUUCUUUUUACUUUACUCUACUUUACCUUACUUUACUACUUUUUACUUUACUUUACUUUACUUUUAAAUGAACGGAUUGGAGGAGACGGGCUAGGGGAUUGCGAGGCUUUGAUUCAGAAAGUGUUGACUUCCGCUCAUUAAUAGGUUCCAAGCAGACCAUUAACCGGCGUCUGACACUUGGCGACAGUGGAGACUUGAUGAUCCAUAACACUACGUUCGGAGACGCAGGAAGAUUUAUGUGUAUCGUACAAAACGUGCGCUUUUUCUCUGGGAUCAUACACAACUUGAGGAUCGAGUGUAAGUUUUAUUUCUAAAUUCGCAAGGCUUGGAGACGAGUGGCCCGUAAAUGUUAAGGGACUUGUCAGAAAUUAGCAGGGGGAGAGGGGGGUGGGAAUUUUAAAUUUGGAUUCGGAAAUGAGGUGACCCAUCCCUGCAAUGGGAGUGAAAUUUUCUAACCCUCCCCUUGACCUGGCCUAAAAUAUCAUGACCCUCCCCCUCUUGCAUAAAUGAUAAAAUCUCGUUCUUGCAAUACACUUAGGUGAGUCAGUAUUAUGAAAGCUCAAAAUACAUUUCUAGUCUGUUCUUUGUAAUGCCAUAUACAUACAUUUUAGAUGACAGCAUGAAGCUGAGUCCUACUCUGAUUCUGUCAGCUUAUCACUCGACUCUCCUAUUUCUCCCAGUUUUUUUUUACAAAAUAAAGAACUCCUUUUUUCUUUUGUGGGUGAACCUCUACAUGAUCACGGACACAUAUUUGCAUGACCGUUCCCCUUUUAACGGCCCAUUUUUCAUGACCCCUCCUGUUUCUGCAGUCUCGAAAAGUUGUGACCCUCCCUCUGUUUCCACCUCCCCUACCCACUGCUAAUUUCUGACAAGUCCAUAAGGAUGAAAGAGCGGGAACUGGAAUAAACUGUGUUACUUGAGAGGGCGACUUUCAACAGCGGCUCGAAAAUUGAAAACUGAGAUAUACUCCCGCCAACUCCUUUUAUUCAAAUUUACAAUAAAGGAAACGGCACGAGAAGUCGCUUGCAGCGCUCAUUGUAAGCGGGAGAAAUGGGACUUUCAAUUUGCAUCUGCGCCGUAGAAGUACGUUCGGCCUUACUGGAGAAUCAUGUUUUGCCGCAGGUAGAGACGUUUAGUCGGGCACUCCGCCAAAAGAAGGAGAUCAUGAAGUCAAUGUAUUUAACCACUAUUAGAGAACGGAUGAGGCCGGUCAUGUGUGCAGAUCGUUUUAUAUCACCAACAGACCCUCCUAAAAACUCUUGUACGAGUUACUGAGUAUUAAAUGCUUAGGUUUCUUGUUUGAAGCUUCUAGUAUGUUAAAAUCUUCAAGACUUCAAGAGAAAAUAAUCUAUCAAAAAAUUAAUUUUGAUCGUCCGGGUGAACGUUGUCCUGAAUAGGACUGUUGUUGUUGACAGUGACUGACGUUUCGACAACCUGUGCGGUAGUCAUCUUCAGAGUCAAAGUGAGUUGUAUCACGUCAGUUGAUGGUAUUAUACUCUGGUUAUUGAUCUGAUUGGUCAAUUAUGUCGCGAUGUUAUUGGUCUUCUGUCAGUUAAGCCGUGAUGUUAUUGGCUAUGAAGACUCGUAAUCAGUGAUUGGUGCGUUUCGAUCCGUAUAUUGUCACGGUUAAACAGUCGUCUAUUGUUAGUCAAAUUGUCAGUUCUCCAAUAUUCGCCUCACAGAAGCUGGAACUUUUGUCUCGCUCGAUUUGCUAAUAAGGCAACAAAGUUACGAUUGUUAACAGACACGUAAUCUGUAGUACCACUAUUUUUAACAAUGCAGCAAAACCAUUAAUGUCUGUGAAGUUUUUGGUCAAUGGUACACACACCACAAGUCACAAGUACCGUUUUGGGGAAAACCUUACCGUUGACUGUCAAGUUGUUGGGUUGCCUCUGCCAACUGUAACUUGGAGUCAUGGGCAGCAACUGAUUACACCAUCAGCAAGAAGAAAGGUAGGUCUUCGUAUGACUGAUGGAAUUUUCUUCUUAAACGAACACGAAGACAUAUCAUAAAGAGGACCAAUCUUAAGGAUCAUUUAGAAUUCCGUUCACUCGAGCGUGUAACAGUUCUUCGUUUUUUCGGCAUUUUCUAUGUCGAUUCUAUGAGAAGAUCAAUUCCUAAUCUGGUCCCUGCCAUUAAUGAGUCAUCUUAGCAACUCGACUCUAUUGUGCAGACAACUCUCUAAAAUGUGUUACACCAGAAAGUGAGGAGAAUGAAAAAUGCUGGAAAAAAUGCGACGGUAUUCAUCCUGCCACUACGACUUGCUUAAUUCACAAGCCCAUGUUUUCCUCUUGUUUGCCCUCAGUUCCUUAGCAGAUAACACCACAAGACCAAUACCUUAUAAUGCGGCCCUAUUCCCGGCUAACGAACUCUGUCAUGCCCAAUUAUGACAUACAUAAUUUCUCUGUUGGUUUGUAUUUCAGGUAAUCCUUGGACCACUCCCCAAUGCUCCUGCGUUUUUGAAAGGCGCAGCUGUACAGCUACAACUUCACAUCAAAGGAAUUCAGAAAGCAGACUCUGGAGUUUACAGUUGCAAGGCUGCAAACCGUCACGGCGUUACCAUCAAAACCAUCACACUGAGUGUCUAGCGGAACCGACAUAACGAUCAACAACAGAGAAUUAUUACAAUGAGUACAGUAUGAUUCUCGGUGGCGCAAUACGAGUUUUAUUUACACUUCCUUAGAAGGAUUUUCUUAUAACAAACUUUAAAGAACAGUGUUACUCGAAAGUUAAGUGCUAGAAAAACAUAAUGGAAAGACUAGGCAUUUGAAUAGAGGACAUAAAAUGAAACUUUUAGUUUGAAAAACGUCUGAUG